UCCUCAUUUCACUCCAAUCUGGUAUAAUCAUAACCAGAAUUGUUUGUAACCGUUCUUAGGCGUGAUUAGUAAAGGAUGACCCCCUAAUUUAUCUCCAUUCUCCCAUUCUACCAUUAUUAUCAUUUUUUGGAAAGAGAUUACAUUACUCAUUCAGCCAUAAAAUAUAACAUAUCUUAAUUAUUCAACAUUGCAAUAUAAACUUCGAUCUCCUGUUGAAAUUCAUAUCCGAAAUCUUCUCCAGUGCUCUUUUUCAGCGUUCUUCUCCGGCAUAAGCUGUUGUUAUUCCAGAUUGCAGACCCGAGCUGAAACCGUACAUUGGUCAGGUGUUUGAAACAUUAGACGAUGGAAUUUCCUUUUAUGAAGAAUAUGCCAACGAUUGCCGGUUUGAUACUCGAAGAUUUGGAUACAAAUACGCAAAUGGUGUCGAAACCUGGCAGACCAUUGUGUGCAACAGGCAAGGUGAAAAGUUGGAUGUCGACGAAGAGGGGAGUUAUACCAAACGUAGACAUCGUUCUAGCAGAUGUCAAUGCAAUGCGAAACUUACGUUGAAGUAUAUAACCGAUUCCGACAGUCCUCGAUAUGCUGUCGGCAACUUUGUAGACCAACACAAUCAUGUUAUGGUUGAUACAAAGCACGUCCGAUACAUGAAAUCCAACCGUAACUUGGGGAUAUCCAUUACAAAUUCCUGCAGGACUGCACAAAGGCCAACAUUGGACCUACACAGACUUUCAAUUUAUUGAAGGAGUUCCUGGGUGGCUAUGAUGCUGUGGGUUGCACCGUUACUGAUUUACGGAACGGCAAGCGCGACAUAUUGCAAGAAAUGAAAGGCGUUGAUGUCCAGAUGAUUUUAAAUCAAAUGGAGGAGAAGAAGAACACUAGUGACGGUUUCCAUUACAAAUUCCAGCAAGGUAGUGAUGGAAAGUUACUUAGUCUUUUUUGGUGUGACGCUGUGUCGCGAAAGAACUACAAGAUGUUCGGUGACAUUGUAUCCUUUGAUACUACUUACUCAACAAAUAGGUAAUCACACGUGUAGAUUGUGUCUGACAUUUUAUUCAUUUUUUUUAUGCUCUCAAUUCAGGUGUUGUGUUUAGCUCUUGUUGACAUUUUCCUCACUGGUGUUGCAUGGUGUUUGGGCCAUUCACUGGAAAAGACAACCACGGAUGCCCUGUUACAUUUGGUGCCGGCUUCGUGUCAAAUGAGGGCGCCGACUCAUUCUCUUGGUUGCUCAGUGAGUUGUAGAAUGUAUGGGUUUCGCACCUAAGUUGAUACUAACUGACCAGGAUUGGGGGAUGAAACUUGCCAUAGAACGUGUGCUAACUAGUACUAGGCAUCGUUGGUGCAUGUGGCACAUUAUGAUGAAGCUUCCUGAAAAGGUACCCAAAAGAAUACUUGCCAACAAAGAGUUGAAGAAGGAUUUGGACUCUUGUAUAUGGUCUGAAUUGUUGGAGCCAGAGGAAUUUGAAGAAACUUGGCUGACCAUUAUGGACCAAUAUGGUUUACAAAACGUAUCUUGGUUCACAACUAUGUUCACACAACGAGAGUAUUGGAUUCCAGCAUAUUUUAGGGAUUUCCCAAUGGGGUCAUUGUUGAAGACAACAUCAUUCUCUGAGUCCGAGAACAGCUUUUUCAAAAGGUACACAAAACCACACUUCAAUCUUGCUGACUUUGUGAUGCACUACAACAAUGCGUUGGAUGCUCAACGUAACAUAUCAGAAAGGCUUGAUUUCUCUGAUGCUACAAAAGUCCCCAUCCUGUCAACGGAGCUCUUAUUUGAGAAACACGCAGCGGAUAUGUAUACAGAUCGCAUCUUUCAGCAAGUUCAAGAUGAGAUCGUCGAGGCGCAUCGACGUUGCAGAAUGACUCACUUCGAGAUGGAAGACAAUACUGAGAUUUACACAAUAACGGACAGCCUUCGAAACAAAGUUGUUGUCCGCCACGAAGUUGGCACCGAAUCUUACCACUGUGAUUAUACAUAUAUAGGUACAAGGUGGCUGAAGACGCCAUUGUUGAAAUCAGCCCACUGUGAUCCUAGUGAGGAAGCAUCGUCAUCUGAAGUUUCACAAGUUGAUCGUAAACGAGUUGUAGCAGCCAAACUGCAUUCGUUGUACUUUCGCUUAUUUCAACGAGCACAGAGCAAUGACGAUGUUGCACUAUUCGAUGGAAUGGAAGAACUUAGUCAAAAACUCUUUGGGGAUACAGUACCUUCAGUGUCUUCGAUGGAUAAAGCAAAGAGGAUUGAGAAUCUGAACGAGGCAUCUCGACCGAGUGUUGUUAACGUGCACCCUCCCAAUGUAGUGAGUACAAAGGGAUCUGGCAGCAGUUCUGGAAAGAGAAUUGCAUCAGCAACUGAGAAGGCUAUCAUACUACAGAAUAAACCUAAGAGGCGAUGUGCAAAGUGUCGAGAAAUGGGCCAUCACGAUGCAAGGAAUUGUGGUAGGGAGAAAGGAAAAGCCAAAAUGUAGGAUUUUUGCUUAGUUUCCAUACUGCUUAGUUUCCAUAUUGUUUCCAUAAUGUCAACAGCAGCAUCAA